AUGUUCGUGACUAAAGAAACCCAAGUCGACACAGCACCGACUGUUUCUCACCAGAGUGUUCCCAUGGUGCCCAAUGCCCAUCUAGCCGAUCCGUCUCCAUUGGCCAUGGGCGGCUUUGCCACCACCCUGCUCAGUGUCUCCUUGGCAAUGAUGAACUUCCGAGGGGUUUCAGUUCAGACCAUGUUUGUCGGGGACCUCUGCUUCGUUGCUUGCAUCGGAUUGCUCAUCAGUGGGCAAUGGUCAAUGGUGAAAGGGGACACGUUCUCCUACACUGUUCUGACGGCUUUCGGUACCCAAGACGCCAGCCCGGAUGUCAAAGCAUGGCUCUUUUACGGUGGAUAUGGCGCCCUCAUGAUCCCAUCGUUUGGCGUUGUAGACGCGUACGGAGGUCUUACUCCCGAGUACUACAAUGCUUUUGGAUUCUUCAUCUUGAGUGAGAAUUACGCCCAAUUUUGUGAAUCAGAGAGUGCUGCUGACCCGAAGGAUUUUCUUUUCAGUUUGGGCUGUCCUCAAUAUUUUCUUUCUCCUAGCUUCCAUCAGGCUACGGAGCGUCGCAGUUUGCCAAGGCGGACGGGCAUCAUGACACGUAUUCGAGGAUGCAGAAGGCGGCUGGUGCGUUUGGAUUCGUGGCUGGCUUACUUGGGUACUAUUGCACGGCGCAUUAUCUAUGUUGCAAGCCAGGUUGCUAUUUGA